AUGAAAAGCGUCAAAGGGGACCCGGAGUCCCUGGUGCAAGGUCUUCAAAGCAUUCGCAUCGGCCAGGAAGCACCCGACAAUGAAACGACUGGAGAAGACCAUGGAGUCGUCCCGGUCGAGAAUCCAAAAGGGCCCGAAGCGACGCCGGUUGGUUACGAUACCAUUAUGACGGUCAUCAACAGCGAUGGGACUACUUCCUACUACACCAACACCGGCGAGCUCAUCACAGAUGAACCACCGAGGCCCAGCGAAGCCAUCAAAGCAGCGGUCACCGACAGCGACCGCGUAACUUCCCAGGGAUCCCUCAACGUCCGGUCAAAGAAGGCCGAGAGGAUGAAGCGCAAGCUCCAGAAGAAGACCGCCAAGACGCCACGCCGCCAGCCGACUCAUCUUCUCCAUCUCCCCAAUGAGAUCCUAGUUGCCAUCCUCAUGCACAUGCUUCCCAGCGAUAUCCACAAGGUCGGCCAGACUUGCCAUACACUCCGCCAUCUCGUCAAACACAACGAGGCGCUCCUGUCACGCCACAUCGUCUCUACGAGAUAUCCUGUCCUCGGAAGAUGCUUCCGGCUACCCGUAAGCCUCAAUGAAAUCGACCCCAAGCUCCAUGCCGUCCUGCAGUACGACACCAGAAUCGAGAUGCUCGGCAUCCACCGACGGUAUCGCCACAUCCCUCAACCCGACCCCUUCAAGGCCUGCACCUGUUUGACAUGUGUUCUGCGAUGGCAGGCCCUCUUCACCAUUGUUGACUUCAACCACUGGCAGCCGGAUCUGGCUGCUGGUAACCCUAUUCCCGUCAUUCCAAGAGGGGAAGAGCCCGAGUGGAACGAGAAGCUCAAGGAGAAGACGGCUUGCACUGUGCUUAGGGCCCUUGACUCCCCACUGGUCUACGCCUGCCUCCUUGAGAUGCAUCUAAGGAACACGUGCGCGUCUAUCAAGCGCCAGACUGACAACAAAGGCAAUCAGCGCCGCCACUUCAUCAUGCUCAAAGAGGAGGCUGAGUCUGGUACCGACCAUUUCCUGGAGCGCGAGGGCCCCACCACCGCCGACAUGCCUUUCCAGCGCGACGGCUACGACCUGCUCGAGGCCUACCUGCCCGGCCGGACGUGGCUCAAGAACGAGAAGAGGUGGGCGUAUAUGCCUGCAGAUAUCCACGACAGAGACCUGGCAUGGGCUGCGACGAGGUGGAGCCCUGUCACCGACGAUAUUGCCACAUCCCUCCGCCCCACCCCCUCAAGGCCUACACCUGUAUGA